UUGAGGGGAGUUGCUGUGGUGUUUUGAUCGAAAUCCAGCAGAUGUGGGAGAGAAGAGAGGGGUGUGAGUGAGCAAGAGAGAGAGGGAGAGAGAGAGAGAGGGAAAUAUUUCCACCCACCCAGCAAGGAGACACACUCAUAAACAGCAGGCAGACUGAGCAAGAGUCAGAAAGGCACAGAGUCUCAGGCCAGCGGCAGUUCAAGCAGAGAGGCAGACAGAAACAGAGUUUCAUUGAACGAAGAUGUUUUAUUAAAGGGAAGGAAAAGUCACACACUCAAACACACACUAAUAAACACAGACUGUACCACCCAGACAGAGGGACAGGAAGGCAGAGAGACGGACAGUCAGGAGAGAACCGGCUAAACUUGAGAAAUACUACCAUCAGAGAGAGAAAGAGAGUAUAUUAGGGCGCACACGCACACGCACACACAGUGUACACUUUCCACCCCAUCUCUCACACACAUACUCACACUGCUGCUGGUGCUGAGUGUGUGUGCAACCCAGAGUGAAGAGCAGGGCUCAUCGACCUCAACAAGCGGAGCAUCAAGCGAGUGGAUGGAUGCCUUUUGCAGACUCAGUGGCCUGGACCCUCUGUGGGACUGGAACCGUACGUGGUACACAGCCAAUCCAGACCUAACCCAGUGUUUCCAGAACACAGUGCUGGUGUGGGUCCCAUGUAUCUAUCUGUGGUUGCUGGUCCCUUUCUACUGUCUUCAUCUGUACUGUCAUGACCGCGGACGCAUUCGAAUGUCCUGCCUGUGCACCGCGAAGAUGGUGCUGGGUUUCCUACUGGCCUCAUUUGGAUUUGUGGAGUUCUUCUAUAUCCUGCUGGAGAGGAGCCAAGAGAUCCAGCACCACAUGGUCUUCCUUCUCAGCCCCAUCAUACGCAGCAUGACUGUGAUCCUGGUCUUGUGCAUCAUCCAGUUGGAAAGAAUAAGAGGCUGCCGUUCCUCCAUAUUCCUCUUCCUGUUCUGGGUCUUGGCUGUUGUCUGUUCCUUGGUGCCUCUCAGAGCCAAGAUCCAGCUGGCUAUGGAUGAGGGCAUCGCCUCCGAUAUUGUCCGAUACCUCGCCUUCUUCUCCUACUUCACCAUCCAGUUGGCCCAGCUCUUCCUGUGCUGUUUUGCAGACCAGCCCCCAGAGGGAAAAAACGUCUUGGAAAAGAAUCCCUGUCCCGUGAAAGAUGCCUCUUUCCUGUCUAAGAUUCUCUUCUGGUGGUUCACUGGGCUCGUUGUGAAGGGAUAUCGCACUCCGCUGGAGGCGGAGGAUCUGUGGACCCUGAGGGAGGAGGACACAUCACAGAAGAUUAUCUCUGAGCUGCAGCAGGACUGGACAGCUGAAUGCGCCAAAAUUCAGAAGCAGGAGAAAGCUUUAGCGUCGGGUGUGGCAUUGGGGAGCAGACUGCCAGACCAGGCUCAGCUCCUCAGAAAGCUGCAGAAGGAGCAAAGUUCUGGUUUCUUCCUGCUCAGGACGCUGGCACGCAAAUUCGGCCCAUAUUUCCUGACCGGCACCCUGUGUAUCAUAUUCCAUGAUGCUUUCAUGUUCGCAAUCCCUCAGGUGCUGAGCCUUCUCCUGGGCUUCAUGCGAGAUGAAGAUGCUCCGCUGUGGAAAGGCUACUUCUAUGCCACUCUGAUGUUCCUGCUGUCCUGCCUCCAGUCCCUCUUCAACCACCAGUACAUGUACACUUGCUUCACAGUGGGAAUGAGGGUGAAGACAGCGGUUAUGGGCUUGGUCUACAGGAAGUCUCUGGUGAUAAACAGUGCAGCCAGGAGGACUUGCACUGUGGGAGAGAUCGUGAAUCUGGUUUCAGCAGACACUCAGAAGCUCAUGGACUUUGUGGUUUACUUCAACGCUGUCUGGCUGGCUCCCAUUGAGAUUGCUCUUUGUCUUUUCUUCCUCUGGCAGCAUCUCGGCCCAUCGGCUCUGGCAGGAAUUGCCACUGUCAUUCUCAUUUUUCCGCUCAACGGUUUCAUUGCGAAGAAAAGGAGCAAGCUGCAGGAGAUCCAAAUGAAGUUCAUGGAUGGCCGCAUCAGACUGAUGAAUGAGAUCCUGAAUGGAAUAAAGAUCUUGAAGUUUUAUGCCUGGGAGAAGGCUUUCCUGGAGCAGGUGUUGGGCUACAGAGAGAAGGAGCUCAAGGCUUUGAAGAAGUCUCAGAUUCUUUAUUCCAUCUCCAUUGCGUCUUUUAACUCCUCCUCUUUCUUGAUUGCCUUCGCCAUGUUUGGGGUGUACGUGAUGCUCGAUGACAGAAAUGUCCUGGACGCACAGAAAGUGUUUGUCUCCAUGGCACUAAUCAACAUCCUGAAGACCCCACUUAGUCAACUUCCAUUCGCAAUAAGCGUAACCAUGCAGGCUGUCGUUUCACUGAAACGUCUUGGAAAGUACCUGUGCUCAGAGGAACUUAAAGUGGACGACGUCUCAAAGGCUCCAUUGAGCUCUGAUGGGGAAGAUGUGGUCAUAGAAAACGGGACCUUUAGCUGGACUGCAGAGGCCCCUCCGUGUCUCAAACAAAUCAACUUUCAUGUGCCACGAGGUUCCCUUGUUGCUGUGGUUGGGCAUGUAGGCAGUGGAAAGUCUUCUUUGUUGUCAGCCAUACUCGGGGAAACAGAGAAAAGAAGUGGUCAAGUUACCGUCAAGGGUUCUGUGGCGUACGUGCCCCAGCAGGCCUGGAUCCAGAACGCCACAGUCCAGGACAACAUCAUAUUUGGCCGCGAAAAGAUGAAAACAUGGUACCACCGUGUGCUGGAGGCCUGCGCCCUGCUGCCCGACCUGGACAUCCUGCCAGCUGGAGAUGCUACAGAAAUUGGAGAGAAGGGACUGAACCUCUCGGGCGGGCAGAAACAGAGGGUGAGUCUGGCCAGGGCUGUCUACAGGAAGGCUGAUGUGUACUUGCUGGAUGAUCCGCUGUCUGCAGUGGAUGCACAUGUGGGUCAGCACAUCUUUGACAAAGUCAUUGGUCCAAAAGGAGUCCUUAGAGACAAGACCCGCAUCCUGGUCACCCAUGGGAUGAGCUUCCUGCCGCAGGCUGACCUCAUCCUCGUCCUGGUAGAUGGCGAAAUCACAGAGAGUGGCUCCUACCAGGAGCUGCUCAGCCGCCACGGUGCCUUCGCUGACUUCAUCCACACCUUUGCAAACACGGAGCGAAAAGAGAGCGCCAUUCAGAGAGCUGGUUCCCGGAGGUCCAACGCUCGUCUCAGCAUGGUCGAUUUCAUGCCGUUCUCCAGGGACCUGUCACAAGAACAGCUCAUUGGGGGCGACACCACUAAUACCAACCUACAGAAUAUGGAGCCUGUCUCUGAAACAGACCAAGAGCAGGUACCAGAGGACUUGGGCAAGCUGACUGAGGUUGAUAAGGCACGCACUGGAAGAGUGAGAUUGGAGAUGUACAAGAAGUACUUCAAGACCAUCGGCCUGGCCAUCAUCAUUCCCAUCGUCUUCCUGUACGCCUUUCAGCAGGGCGCCUCUCUUGCCUACAACUACUGGCUCAGCAUGUGGGCUGACGAUCCCGUUAUUAACGGCACCCAGAUUGACACAGACCUGAAACUGACUGUCUUCGGGGCUCUGGGCUUUGUACAAGGUGUUGCCAUUUUUGGCACGACCGUGGCUAUCUCCGUCUGCGGCAUCAUCGCCUCCCGCCACUUGCACACGGACCUGCUGAUCAACGUGCUGCGUUCUCCAAUGUCGUUUUUUGAGCGCACUCCCAGUGGCAACCUCCUGAACCGCUUCGCCAAGGAGAUCGACGCCAUUGACUGCAUGGUCCCCGAAGGCUUGAAGAUGAUGUUGAGCUAUGUCUUCAAACUCAUGGAGGUCUGCAUCAUUGUGCUGAUGGCGACUCCAUUUGCGGCUGUGAUCAUCCUGCCUCUCGCUUUCCUCUACGCCUUUGUCCAGAGCUUCUACGUCGCCACAUCCUGUCAGCUGCGCAGGCUGGAAGCUGUGAGCCGCUCGCCAAUCUACACCCACUUCAAUGAGACGGUGCAGGGCGCCAGCGUCAUCCGGGCCUUUGGAGACCAGCCCAGGUUCAUCCUACAGGCUAAUAAGAGGGUCGACUUCAAUCAGACGUCCUACUUCCCCAGAUUUGUGGCCACCCGGUGGCUGGCAGUGAACCUGGAGUUUGUUGGUAAUGGUGUGGUGCUAGCUGCUGCCAUUCUCUCUGUGAUGGGAAGGAGCACCCUGAGCCCAGGCAUCGUUGGUUUAGCUGUGUCUCACUCCCUCCAGGUAACUGGGAUCCUGAGCUGGAUUGUGCGAUCCUGGACUGAUGUGGAGAACAACAUUGUUUCUGUGGAGAGAGUCAACGAGUACGCUGAGACUGCUAAAGAGGCUAGUUGGAGUAUAGAGGGCAGCUCCUUGCCCCUGGCUUGGCCCCAGAAAGGCACCAUAGAGUUCCAGGACUACGGGCUGCAGUACCGUAAAGGCCUUGAGUUGGCUCUGAAAGGCAUUACCCUGAGUAUUAACGAAAGAGAGAAGGUGGGGAUUGUGGGCAGAACCGGAGCUGGGAAGUCCUCCCUUGCCCUGGGAAUCUUCAGGAUCUUAGAGGCAGCAAAGGGAAAGAUCUUCAUAGAUGGAGUCAACAUCGCUGACAUUGGACUCCAUGACCUCAGAUCACGCAUUACUAUCAUUCCUCAGGACCCGGUGCUGUUCUCAGGCUCCCUGCGAAUGAACCUCGACCCGUUUGAUUCCUACACAGACGAGGAGGUGUGGAGUUCACUGGAGCUGGCUCACCUCAAAAACUUUGUGUCCAAUCUCCCUGACAAACUCAACCAUGAAUGCUCAGAGGGAGGAGAAAACCUCAGUCUGGGUCAGCGUCAGCUCGUGUGCCUUGCCAGGGCUUUGCUGAGGAAAACCAAGAUUCUGGUUUUGGACGAAGCAACGGCCGCUGUGGACCUAGAGACGGACACACUCAUCCAGUCAACAAUCCGCACACAGUUUGAGGACUGCACUGUUCUCACUAUUGCCCACCGCCUUAACACUAUCAUGGACUACACUAGAGUAAUUGUCAUGGACAGAGGCCACAUUUGUGAGAUGGACUCCCCAGCCAAUCUCAUCUCACAGCGCGGACAAUUCUACCGAAUGUGCCGGGAAGCUGGUCUGGUCUAGAUCUUUGCCCGGCCUUGUAGUCUGGAACUGAUGACCUGGUGUAGAGAUGUGGCACCUUAUUCCUAUGGCUCUCCAACACAUAUUGAAUCGGGCCAUUCCAAGCUUUGUGGCAGCUCAAAAUGCCUCCCUGUAUGGGCAUUGUCAAAGAAUCUCAAGAGCAGCAGCUGAUGCAGUCCCUACAGUAGUUGUUGCUUUUUAAAACACACAGACACGCUGUCCAGAGUGAGGAAAAAGACGCUGUUAACCUCACAUGAUGAACAUUCAAAUGAAAGCUACAGCUGAUUGUCAAGAGCUGUAAAUAUUGUACAUAGAGUGGUGGGGUCCGUUUAUUCCAUAAAAGGAUGAAGCCAAAGGCUGGAAUGAAAGAGUACCACAUCUUAAGGAUUUUCAUCCUCUUUAAGGAUGAGAGCUAUAUUAUUUUUGUAGUUUUGUAAGUCUUUAUAAAGCACAUGAAAUAUAUUUUUGAUGUUGUCUCAGGCUUAAACAUGGAUGUUUACUCACUUUUUUUUUUUUUUUUUUGCCUUGUAUACAAAAAGGGGCAAUUUUGGAAUUGUAAAAUGUUUGAAAUAUAUUUUGUCUUCUUGUACCAGAAAGUGGGACAGGAAAUAUUCUGACACACUAACCUUCACAAGGUUCAUGCUGGCAAAAGCAGAGGAAGUGGGGUUUUUCACAGCCUUAAAAAUCUGAGCUUGAAGCAGCCAAUUUUGGAGUUUUAUAUGUCAGGGUAACAGAGGAAAACAUUGAAGUGAGCCAACACAUUAGCAAUCGUCCAACUAUGUUGUGGCUGUUGUUUAUUUCUGUCAAAGUAAACACAUAAAGAAGUCAAUAGAGACCUUUUUGGUCAGAUUUAACCUGCCACCGGUAGUGAAAACCACCAUGAAUGAAGAGAAUGCCUCUUCAAAACAAUGGUGAUAAAUCUUUGUGUGAUUGUCCCUCAGCCACCACCACACAGACUUAGGCCAUACACAGAGGGAAUAAAAAAUCUGUAUUGUUCUUAUGGUGCUGACAUGACAAUCUGUAAAUAGUUUUUGUUGACCUUUACUCUCAAUUCAAAGAAAGAACCCUAUGAACUUUUCCAAGAGAAGAAGUAUUUGCUGUUUUUGUCUUACUGGUUUAGACAAUAUAUUCCGAGGAGAACCCCAAUCGUUUAUUUAUGUCAUAUGACAAAGUAUAUUAAAUGUCUUUAAAUUUCUGAGGAUUAUAUUAUAUUUAUACUUUUUAUAACAAGCUUGAUCAUUUUUCACUGACCUUUUACUGUUAAUGUACUGUCUUGUUCCAUACAUCAUGCUGGACAAUAAAAUUCCUUGGAAGUUA